AUGAGGGACACAACCUACAGUACGGAUGAUGGCGAACUCGAUGUCCCAACAGAGGGCGAGGAUGGAUACUCAUUCACAACAACGAGCAAGCUCGCGUGGCUGCCUGCCCUCUGGUCCAAGACGGACCCCACCAGCAUCAAUGUCACCACGCCCUGGGACCCCCACUCUCUCGCCGAUAUGCGACCUGCAGGAGUCGAGCCAUGCCGGGACAUAUUCGACGAACAUGAAAUUGAGAGAGACCUUCCUUCGACGGCCGCACGCCACGCUGGCCUCAACUCUCAAGCCACUGGUGGCUACUAA